CAGUGCAGAGGCAAACAGACACUCAACCUGGGAAGAAGUUUUUCCUUGAUAGUAUUUAAACCCAGGUAAAAUAGAAAUCUACAAUUAUUCAUUGUUUUUUGAGGAGAGAGACAUGGCUGACAAGGAGAAAGAGAGAAGAUACCUUCAGAAGAGAAGAGCGUCUGGAGGAGAUGAAUGUGGAGUUAUACAAAAGGUUUCAGGAAACAGCUAUGAAACCCGUUUCAAAGACAAAGAAGGUACGCUCUCUGCACUGACUUCAAACCAGGAAAGGGUUUUGCAGACAAAGGAUCACACCAUCUCUCUUCCCGGUGGUGAAGUUCGACUGACUGUAAGUUCGAUUAACCCAACAGAGACUCCAGAUCAACCAAAGGCCAGUCAUUCACAGAUUUUCACAAAAACAAACUCGAAAAGUCUUGAGAAGAUUUACCAUUUGGAUGUUUUCCUCCUGCGCUACAUGAGAGACAAUCCCAAAGCUUUCACAUAUCUCCAAAAACAACUCUCUUCAAUCGGCUGCGAGGUGGAGUUGAACUGUGAGGAAGAGAAGGCUGUGGUGAGGGGAGAUGUGGAGAGGGGCUCUGGAGGAGCCUUCAGAGGUGAUACAGAGAAAUGGGAGCAGCAAGUGAACCAGAUCAUCGUCACCAUCACCGAGGAGUAUGACUGCUAUCAUGUAGUCGAGGCAAAGCAAGUCCAGGUGUUGCUGCAGAAUCUGUCCUUUGUGAAUGAAGACAUCAAGGUGUACAGAGAGAGCGGAUAUCCUGUGAUUGUGGGGAAAGCAGAGGCUGUGAAAGAGAGGGUCACAAUCCUGACAAAGAGCCUGCUGAUCCGAAAGGAAAAGCCAAUCACAGAGAAUCAGCUAAAACUGAUAGAACAUGAGUUCUGUCAUGAAUUGCGUGCACACUAUCCAGAUGUUCAGCUCAGCAGAGGUAAAGGCAUCAUCAUCCUGGAAGGCCUGGAAGAUGAGGUGCAGUCUGGAGCCACAAAGCUCGAUGAACUCAUUGGCCAAAUCAAAGAAAGGAAGAUUCAGUUCCCAACACCUUUACUGAACUUCAUCGAUUUGAGUGGUGUCAUUUCCAAAUACCAAGCUCGCUUCUUUAGAAAUCCCGUCUCCAUAGAGAUGAGGCCGGACCUGGUUCUGUCCAGCCUGUCUGCUGAUGCUUUGGACGAGGUCCAGGCAGCGCUGGUUAUAGAUCUGAAUGUGUCCACCAUCCAGCUGCAGGGACCUGCAGCAGUUCCUCCUCAUCUGGACGAACUGAAAGACGUCGUGAAUCAAGCCCAGAGCGAAGCAAACCGUGACGAGCUCAGAGUGGACGUCAGCUUCAUCCCGGGAAUCAAUGGAGCCAACAAAGUACAACUUGUGGGCUACAGUGAAAGUGUGCUUCAGUUUAAAGAAAUUAUUCAAGACUAUCAGAUGAACCAAGUCAUGAGUCAAGAUACAGUGAACCUGUCGAAUCCUGAAUUCGCUGACUGCUUCGAUAAAAUCUUAGACCUGACUGGUAUCAAGUUACCCAAUGUGACUUUUAAAGUUUCUCCUUUACCAAAGCCAUGUGCGAUCCUGUCUGGUCCCCAUUGCAAAGUUCAAGAAGCCAAGCAGGCUUUGCGUUCAGCUUUGGCUUCUCUGACGUCAGACACGUUGGUUCUGGAAGGCACAGGAGCUCAGCAAUACUAUCAGGCAACUGGUAAAGACAGCAAGGAGCUGGUAGAGCGCUCCUUCCAGGUUAUUAUCAGGGAACAGCAACGUGUGUCAACUUCAAAUGUGAAAAGCAAACAAAGAAGCUCCAGCAGCCCCAUGACUCUCCUCUCAAGACCUCCAGCUUCCACUCACAAUAUGAGUUCUCCCAUCAACAAAGCCAAUGUUGCCAUCAAGCUUGGUUCUUUGGAAGAUGAGCAGGUGAAUGUUCUGGUCGUCCCCAUGGUCAACAAACAGCUGACUUCUACACAGAUUGGUGAAUGCCUUCUGAAGAAAGCUGGGAACGCACUGAAAUCAAAGUUCGACUCUCUGGUGUUGAACUGCAGCCUCGCCCCUGGAGACAUUCUGCAGGUUGACGGUCCUCCAUCGCUGGGCUGCUCAAAGAUCUUCUUCAUUGAGUGUUUACCUUGGGAUGGAGUCGGAGGGAUGAGUGUCCAGGCUCUUGGUAAAGGACUCAGACAAUGCUUGGAUAGAUGUACUCAGAAGGGCCUCAGUUCGUUAGCUUUUCCCAUUAUUGGGCCUGGAAUACUGCUAAGAUAUCCUCCAAGCAAAGCCGUUCAAGUGCUCACUGAUGCUGUUUGUGGGUUUGGAUCAUCUGCAUCGUCCAGUUCGCUCUCCACCAUCCACAUCAUCAUCAAACCCAGUUAUCCUGGCUCAGACGAGCUCUAUCGUGACCUCCACCAACACCUGAGCAUGAACCAAGGAAGUGAAGAGAUCUUCAGAUCCCUCACCAGUGACUUGGAUGAAAUUACCAUCAAGUUGGGAGGCGGAGCUAAACUACAGAUGGUUUUUGGGGACAUAACUGACGAGACAACGGAUCUUGUGGUGAACACAACAAACUUCACAAAUUUUGACCUCGAUGGUGUGUGCAAAUGUAUCUUAGCCGCAGCUGGACCAGAGGUAGAGGAAGAACUUAAAACAGUCGCGACAUUAAACCCAGGAAGCAUGAUUUUCACUCAACCGGGACGGUUCCCCUGCAAAGCCAUUUUACACGUGUGUGGAGAGACGUCCGCCAGCCGCAUUGAAAAGAUCACUCAACUGAUCAUCAUGUGCUGCGAAGCAAACCACUAUACUUCUGUAGCAAUCCCUGCAAUCUGUGCUGGAGCCGGCGGGCUGCAGCCUGGACUCGUGGCAGGAGCAAUCCUUCGAGGGAUCAGGAGCGCCACGACUUCCACUCACCUUCACAGCCUGUGCAAUAUCCGCCUAAUCCUGUACAAGAUGGAUGUGUUCCUGGCAUUUCAGGAGGAGGCCAUGCAGAUAUUUUCCACUGCUGAAUAUUGCACAGGUGCCCUGACUGAAGCACAGCAACAACAGCAUCGGCUGUCAGUGAGCGCAGACCUCGCCAUCCUCAACAACAGUCCUGCAAGUCAGUCUGCCUUUCUGUUCCUGGGCCUCAGCAGGAAGAGUGUUGAUGACGCCAUGGCGAAGCUGAAAGAUCUGUAUCAGAAUCAGUGCGCCACUCACACCUUCAGAAAAGAGGAGCUGGACAGCCUCAUGCAGGACGACGUGACAGAGCUGAUGCAGCUGAUCAACACUCAGGGACUGUACAAACAAAAUGACCAGUCAGGCGACUUGUCUGUGAGCGGCCUAAAAGAUGGCGUCACCCAGGCGGUGAUGGCAUUCAAUGCAAUUCUCCAGGGUAACCUCAGGAGAGAGGUGAGAUUCAAGGAGGAAGAGGAACUGUACACCCGUGUGGUUUGGUGCAUCAUGAGCCACAAUGGUCUCUGGGAGAGACUUCCUAAAACUGCAAAUUACAAUUUGGAAAAACAAGACAUUGCAAGGGGAAUAGUGGAUGCACAGGGAGCCACGUGGACGGUAGAUCUAAACAGCAUGAAGGCCACAAACCUCAAGGUCGCAGAGCCCAGGAAGCUCAAACGACUGGAGAACCUGCCAGACUUCACCAUGCCUCUGUACUGGGACAGCAUGGCCCCCGGGGAGAAUGUGAAGGUGGUGGCAGUGCCACCUUCCUCUGCAGAGUACCGAGCUUUGAAGAGUGAAUUCAGUAAAACUGAGAUCAAGACUGUCAUGAAAAUUGAGCGUUUGCAGAACAUCCAUCUGCGUUGCGCCUACGAAGUCCAGAAGAAGCACAUGUCAGAGAAGAACAAGCAGGAGGGGGGAGCGAGGGAAAAACUUCUGUAUCACGGGACCACCAAGGACAGCUGCAACUCCAUCACAGAGACCGGCUUUAAUCGUCGUUUCUGUGGACAAAACGGAACUGCAUAUGGUGCUGGUGUUUACUUUGCCGUCAAUGCAUCUUACUCAGCGAAUCCGCGCUACUCCAAGCCAGCUGCUGACAACUCUCAGGUCAUGUUCGUGGCUCGAGUGCUGACCGGAAUCUACACUCAGGGCAACAGCAGCAUGAACGUCCCUCCUCCUCGAGACAGCCGGCGGCCCCACGACCGCUUUGACAGCGUGGUGGAUCAAAUGGACAAUCCUCAGAUGUACAUCGUGUUUCACGACCAUCAGUCUUAUCCGGACUAUCUCAUCACCUUCAAAUGAGGGGG